AUGGCCCCAAACGGCAGCGAUGCGCCUGCUUUUGAGGAAGACCUCAGUAACAUCCUAGUAUGUCCUGAGUGCAACAUCAGCCCGCCCCACCUAGUCGAGGAGUUCUCCAGCGGUGAUACAGUAUGCGAAGACUGUGGCAUGGUAGUCGGCUCGCGAAUCAUUGAUACGAGAUCAGAAUGGCGAACUUUUGCAAAUGACGACCAAGGAGGCGACGACCCCAGCCGUGUUGGUGGACCGCAGGAUGAGUUUGUCGAAGGCCAGCAACUCGCGACGACGGUAGCCUUUUCCGAAACCAAGGCACACAAGGCUCUGUCCAGGACCCAAAACAACACGAACCAAGACAAGUCGCAGAAGGGCCUCAUGCAAGCUUACAAGGAGAUUGUUUCCUACUGCGAAGCUAUCAACAUGGGCACGAACGUUUCCAACGCUGCAAAGCACAUCUUCAAGCUCGUGGAUAAGCACAAGUUCCUCAAGGGAAAGCCCCAGGAUGCGGUCAUUGCAGGUUGCAUCUUCAUCGCGUGCCGGCAGAACAACGUGCCUCGAACCUUCCGUGAAAUCUUCAAUCUGACUAGCGUGAGCAAGAAGGAAGUCGGUCGAGUUUUCAAGCAACUUCAGAGCUUUCUGCAGAAGCUUCAGGACCAAGACGGCGAAGCCACAGGUCUCAACACAGUCACCAACUAUGAGAACACAUCAGUGGGUGCCGAGGAUCUAUGCAGCCGUUAUGUCUCUCAGCUUGGCUUCACGAAACAGACCAAAAUCUCCAAGAUCUCUCGCUCAUUGGCAUUGCGGGCCAACAGUAUUUCGGCGCUCGCAGGACGAUCGCCUCUAUCCGUUGCCGCAGCAUGCAUCUACAUGGCGUGCCAGAUCGUUGGAGAACCGCGCAGCUCACUACCUAUAGCCAAGCAGGCGGGUGUCAGCGAUGGCACAGUCAAGACUGCGUACAAACACUUGUACUCUGCCCGCGAGAAGCUCAUUUCGGAGGAGUGGUUCGAGGGAGGUGCUAACAUGGACAAGCUUACACCGGCUACUGCGGUAUAG